AUGAAGACAAACGAAGUGGCAGAGGGAGAUUCUGUCACUCUACACACUGGUAUAAAUGAACCACAGAGAUAUGAGCAAAUACUCUGGAGUUUCGGACCUCGAGGCUCAGUCAUCGCUCAGAUUCCUGAAAGGACCAAUGAGACUUCAUUUCGGGAUGAGGAGAGUUUCAGAGACCGACUGCAGCUGGACAGUGAGACUGGAGAUCUGACCAUCAGAGACGUCAAAAUCACACAGUCAGGAGACUAUCAGCUGAAGCUUAUCAGCGCAAGAGAGACCAAAUCCAAAACAUUCAAGCUUAUUCUCUAUGUGGACUCGCUGCGAUUCUCGGAGGGAGAAAACGUCGCUCUAGACACCGGUGUUAGUGAACUAACAAGAAAGAGGGAGACUCCAUCACUCUUCAUACUGGUGUUCAUGAAAUACAGAAACAUGAUUGAUGAUGGGAGACUGAGAGACCGAGUACGGCUGGAUGAUCAGUCUGGAUCUCUGACCAUCAGCAACAGCAGAAGCACAGAUACAGGAGUUUAUCAGCUGCAGAUCACCAACAGCAAAGAGACCUUCUACAAGAGAUACAAUGUGUUUGUCGUGACUGGAAUCGCUGGAGUGUGUUACUCUCGCCGAAAGUAUUCUCGACUCAAGGAUGAAAUGAAGACAAACGAAGUGGCAGCUGUCACUCUUGUCACUCUACACACUGGUAUAAAUGAACCACAGAGAUAUGAGCAAAUACUCUGGAGUUUAGGCUCAGUCGGCUCAGUCAUCGCUCAGAUUCCUGAAAGGACCAAUGAGACUUCAUUUCGGGAUGAGGAGAGUUUCAGAGACCGACUGCAGCUGGACAGUGAGACUGGAGAUCUGACCAUCAGAGACGUCAAAAUCACACAGUCAGGAGACUAUCAGCUGAAGCUUAUCAGCGCAAGAGAGACCAAAUCCAAAACAUUCAAGCUUAUUCUCUAUGUGGACUCGCUGCGAUUCUCGGAGGGAGAAAACGUCGCUCUAGACACCGGUGUUAGUGAACUACAGAGGGAUGAUCAGAUUCUCUGGACGUUUGGAUCUGAAGACACUGUUAUAGCUAAAAGAGACAGAAACAUCAGUCAGACAGCCGAUGCUGAUGGGAGAUUCGGAGACAGACUGCAGAUGGAUGAUCAGACCGGAUCUCUCCGUAUCACGAACACCAAAAGCACAGACUCCGGAGUUUAUCAGCUACAAAUCAGCAGCAGAAAUAAAGUCUCAUAUAAGAAGUUUAGAGUUACAGUAUGGUUGGACACCGUAAAAGUGACAGCGGGAGACUCCGUCACUCUAAACACUGGAAUGACUGAACUAGAGGAGGACAGUAAGAUACUGUGGACACAUGGAGAUCAUGAAACUUGCAUUGCUAAAAUCAACAGAGCCACCAAUAAGACAUCAUUGUAUCGUGGUAACGAUGUGAGAUUCAGAGACAGACUGCAGCUGGAUCACCGGACCGGAUCUCUGACCAUCUGGAACAUCAGCAUCACACAUUCAGAUGUCUAUAAACUACAGAUCAGCAGCCGCAGAAGGAGCAAAUGCAAAAGAUUUGUGCUUAUUGUCGAUGAAAACACAGUGUCAGUGAUGGAGGGAGACCGAGCCGAACUGAACACUGAUGUUAGUGAGCUACAGAGAGACGCUCUGAUCCUGUGGAUGUUCGGCCCCAGAGACAGUCUCAUAGCUAAAGCUGACCUGGAGAACCGUAAGAUAUCUACAUAUGAUGGUGCUGGUGGACGAUUCAGAGACAGACUGGAGCUGGACCUUCAGACCAGAUCUCUGAGCAUCACAAGCACCACAAACACAGACUCUGGACUUUAUAAACUCAAGAUCAUCAGCAGCAGAGAGACCAGACACAAGCGAUUCAGAGUUACUGUCUGUGGGGACAGAGAGAGAGAGAUCAGUCGAGAAGACACUGUGGAAUCCUCUCAGAGAGAAAACACAGAGGACAUAGCAUUGCUUAAGAUCUACAGCGGCACUAGUGUUUGACAGUUAUAUAUACAGUAUAUACACACACACCACCAGU